CUCGGCUCUCGGCCAAACAACGCUGCGAUAUGACUUCGUUCACACUGCUCGCUCUGCUUAUCGCCACCUCCUCAGCGGUCGGCGUUAUUGCUGACGCAAUCAAUCCGCUCGCUGCUUCAACGGUCAGACAAGAAAUGGUCCAUAGCAAUAGAAGGGCCAAAAGAUCAUUGGAUCACAUAGUCAAAGAUUGUGUGAUGGUGGCCUCAGAGGAGGGUCAUUACUACUACAAAACAACCAGCCUGGAGGAGCCCACAACAUGUGGUGUGUUUCUUCUGACCGACGCUGAUAAACUCAUAGAGAUAUAUUUCGACUACAUCGAUCUGCCCUGUGAGGGCGGUGGAUUAAUUUCGUUUUUCGACGGCUGGGAGUUGAAUGGCCAGUUUUUCCCAAGCAACGAGGACCAUCCGAAGCCAAUGUCGCAGCGAUUUGCCGAGUUUUGCGGCAUUCGCAAGAACAAGCAGAUAUUCGUGUCAGCGCAGAACGCCGCUCUGGUGCAAUACAGAGUGCCGCAGAGAGGACGUGGCUUCUCCUUCAUUGUGCGGUUCAAGAAAAAUCCCAAACCGUGUAAUAUUCUCAUCGAGGGAACAGCCGAUGUUUAUACUCUGAGAAACUACGGCAAACAUGUGAAUUGCAGCUUGACAACUCUUUAUCCAGCUCAUGUGAAAGUUCUCUCGCUUGGAGUCGGCCUUUCCUUCUCCAAGAGGACGGUUGGAAUGGAGGUUGAAACUGGAACUUUGCACAAGUGUGAUAAGCGAGGUCUUGAAGAUUUUGUUCAACUAGGAGGUGGAGAUGGAUUAGACCUUGCGCAACUGUCAGUCGUGGAUUCCAUCUGUGGAAUGAAUUCUAGUCCAGAUAGACAAGUGGAAACGAUUCUUUGCGGAGUGACAACAGUGAGAAUGGUUUCUAGUGGCGAAUUCGAUAACUCAGUGACGGUGGCUGUGGCUCAAGCUGAUAUAAUGGAGGAUAUGAAUAGAGCCUCACUUGUGUGUGGACUGUGAGAAUGGAGCGAGAUUUGAAAGCAAUUUGGAAGAGAUGAAAGAGUUGGCCAACUAGUAUAUCUCUCAAAUAAUAAUAUAAUCAUUGUACCCUACACAACAAAAUCAUAUUACAUUACAAUCCCAAAAUUUUUUGAUUAUGAUGAAUCCUAUUUUUAUAAACCUGCAUAUCCAGACAAAAAAUUAAGAAAUAUGAUACCUUUCAUGUGAUUAUCGGGAUAUAAUCCUUGAAUUUAUAACCAAUAUCAGUACUGAGUAAUAAUUAUUCUAUCAAUAUUAUUUAUCCAUGGAAUGAAGUAGUCAAUUAUUAUUUCACUUCUUUAUUAUCGAAUUCUAGCCUUCAAACAUUCAAAAUUACUAUUGCGAAAAAGUAGAUGUACUAUGAAAAACUAAGAGAUUUUUUAUAGAAGAGAGAAUCAUCUGCUCUAGACAUUUUCAGUUGAAAAUUUCAUAUUAGAAAAUUAAUCAACUACAUAAUUAUUAUAUCAUGGAAUGUUUUUCAUUUUUCCUCAACCAAUGAACUGUGAAAUAGAAAUCAAUCCAUCCUAUGCUCUACUAUUAUUGUUUCUGUUUAAGAGGAAUCCAACGUUCAGCGAUCACCAAAAUCGAAGAAUGACAUCGAUAUCUAUUACAGAAUAAGAGAAUUUAGGGUUGUUUUAUUACAAUUGAAAUCGUGUGACCCAUCAAAAUUAUUAAAAUCAUUUGUUUCCCAG